AUGGUCGCAGAGAAGGAGCACGACGGCCAAGAAGGUCGCUCCUGGCCUGAGUCCAAGCCGAACCGCAACUCGCAGACCGACUCGGAAGAAUCGCUAAAGAAGCGACCGGUUAAAUGGAGUUUGGGCAUCUUGAACGACAAGGAGACAGACGAGGUUCCUGGCUCUGUCCUACUCCUCUCGAAAGUAUCCAAUCGCAACGAGCCGCUAGGACUUCGUAAUACACCGGCCAGAACAUCGACCUCGUCGCUACCUUCUCCCUUUCCCUAUUCGCAAUCUCAUAACGGCUCUCUCGCUCCACGCUCUCGUGCGGGCUCCAUAGUGCCUCCUACUCCGGAUAAGAAACAGACUGGAGAUGGCAUUGUUCUUGAACCGCAACCGGAUGAGUCUCUGAACGACCCGCUGAAUUGGCCAAAAUGGCGUAGAGACUGCGCCCUGCUGUCUCUAGGCUUCUUCUGCAUGCUUGGUGGCGGUAUGACGCCUGUUCUCGCUGCAGGCUUCGUCAGUGUCUCGGAAACAUACCACGUCUCGGUGCCUCAGGUUGCUCUGACCACCGGUCUUUAUAUGCUGGGCCUUGGUCUUGGUAGCGUUGUUGCUUCACCUACUGCUAUCUUGUAUGGCAAGAGACCCGUAUACCUUGUCGCAUCAGUCAUAUUUGUGCUGUCGGCCGUCUGGUGUGCAUUGUCGCCCAACUAUGCUUCCUUGGUGCUUGCGCGCAUUUUUAUGGGCUUCGCUGUUAGUCCAGUUGAAUGUCUGCCCUCUGCAACCAUUGCCGAGAUCUUCUUCUUGCACGAGCGUGCCUACCGAUUAGGUAUAUACACUCUCCUCCUUCUGGGUGGUAAGAACCUCAUCCCGCUGGUGAGUGCCGCCAUCAUACAGUCGCUUGGUUGGCGCUGGGUCUUCUGGAUCGUCGCCAUCGUCGUGUCAUUUGGCGCUAUCCUGCUGUUCCUCUUUGUCCCUGAGACUUUCUGGGACCGCACACCGAGACCUUCUCGACACUCUCAUAAGCACAGGCCGAGGUUGAUGAGCAAUAUAUCAUUAGCCUCCAUCUUCCAUAGAGGUCAUGCUGACACGCAUGCGCAUGAGGCCGCGCCUGAGCUCGAGAAAGGAGAGAAGACCGACUUGACUCCCAGCGUGAGUCCCACUAAGACCAAAGGAGAAAAGCGCUUGUCAAGACAUGCUCAUUUCAGUGAGCCUGAUGAUGAUGAGAUCGCUCCUGCAGAUGUCGAAAAACCAAGCGUACCUGCUUUGAAUCUUCCAUCACCUGAACACAGCCAUAUGAGAUCUCACAGCGCUCAAUUCGACAGUGUACCUCCGUCUCCUGGUUUCUCUGUCGACGCAGGCAAUGGGUACACUUCUUUCUACCGCGCUGCACCACCGAAGUCGUUCAAACAAACCUUGAAACCGUAUGCCGGCCGUCUGUCUCAGGAUCGUUGGUUCAAGGUCGCCCUUCGUCCAUUCAUCUUAUUCGCAUACCCAGCCAUUCUUUGGUCGUCAUUGGUGUAUGCACUCUCAGUAGGCUGGCUGAUCGUGCUCUCGGAGUCUGUCUCGGUCAUCUACGAGAACCGCGCGACGUAUCACUUCACCUCUCUGCAAGUCGGUCUCGUAUACAUUUCCCCCUUCAUCGGCGGCAUCCUCGGCACCGCCGUCGCCGGUCGCUUCUCAGAUGUCAUCGUCCGCUGGAUGAGCAGAAAAAACGACGGUGUCUACGAACCCGAGUUCCGCCUCUUGAUGGCCAUCCCCGUAACCAUUAGCACCGUGAUUGGUCUCAUGGGCUAUGGCUGGAGCGUUUCAGAGCGCGACGCCUGGAUUGUGCCCACCGUCUUCUUUGGCAUAAUCAGUUUCGGCUGCUGUGUAGGCAGUACCACCGCAAUCACCUUUGCCGUCGACAGUUAUCGCCAAUAUGCCGGUGAAGCCCUGGUCACUUUGAACUUCUCGAAGAACAUCUUUCACGGUUUGGUCUUUUCGCUGUUUUUCAACCAUUGGUUGCAGAGCGAUGGACCCAAGCGUGUCUUCUUGGCACUUGGAGGUAUUCAAUUGGGAUGUUUGAUUUUCACCAUUCCGAUGUAUAUCUAUGGCAAGAGAGCGAGAAUGUGGACGGUGAGAAAGAACUUGAUGGAAAAGUUCUGA